GUAGGUUGGAAAGUAGUCCGUAAACGUUGCUCUCGUUGUUGGGGUUGCACAGUAUGAAUGAAUUAUUAUAAUUAAUUUAACUGUUAAUCCCGUGACAGAUGGUGAAUUAACCGGAUUUGCUUGGUGCUCGUCUUUGCGUUUUCCGGUUAAUGUGUCAGAUGUGAAAUAAAAGCUCGUCACAAUGGCUGAUGAAGUGUCUAUGAACUGGACAGUCAUUGUACUUACAUGUCAACAUAAAGACAGCGUUUAUGCUUUUCAGAGAGAGUUGGAGGUACGUCAAAAGCGUGGUCUUCUUCCAGCUGAAGCCCUGCUGCUUACGGUUCCUGACCCACACGCCCGACUGGGCAGCGGUGGGGCAACACUGAACGCCCUGCUGGUCGCUGCUGAACACCUGAGUGCCAGAGCUGGAUACAGUGUGGUGAAUGCUGAUGUUUUGCACGAAGCUCAUAUUCUCAUCUUGCACACGGGUAGAGAUUUUCCAUGGGAUGGCUGUAGCAGGGCUUUCUGCUGGAUGCCUGUACACAAGUCAGCGUCUGUAGAAGGAGCGGUUUGCUGUUUAGAUCUGCUGCUGGAUUGUCUGUCCACAAAGAUUUGCGUUGGGUCUCCACCAGGCGUUUGGGUUUGCAGCACUGAUAUGAUCCUAAAUAUUCCAACACGUCCAUUGAUUUCAUGGGAUGAGUGCUCUGAUGUUCGGGUCGUUGCGUUACCGGGUGAUGUUUCCUUCGCUGUUCAGCAUGGAGUCUAUGUCACUGAUAAAGAGGCCAAAGUGUGCAACAUCAUCUAUAAGGGUUCGGAGGACAAGAUCAUCCGUGCUGCAAUGCCUGAUGGGAAGGUGCCAUUGGUCUCAGGGCCUGUGUUCUUCUCCGCUGUGAUUUCAGAGAAACUCUUACGAACUCACGUUAUUUCACCAUUGGAUGGCUGCACUUAUUUUGGCAUGGACUCUGGAGCUCCACCUUUCGAGUUAUCUCUCUUCCUGGAUAUCCUCAUGUGCCUUUGCUCUGACCUGACAGAGAAUGAGUUUAUUAAUGGAGAAAGAUCAGGCUGCAUGUCUCCCUCUGGACCCCAGGGGGCAGUAGUGAGGAGCGGCCGUAUGGUGCUUUGGAGGGACAUCAGAGGAGCUUCUUUCUCUAUGGUGUAUAUCCCAGAUGGCCGCUAUGAUUAUUUGACUCAGUCGGGUAGGGAACAUGUUGUUCGACUUACAGAAUCGGGACCUGAGACGAUGAUUCUCUCUUAUGUUCAGGAUGUGAAGUCUGUUGCAGAGGGAAGCAGGGUGAUUAACAGCGUUUUGGAAGGAGAUGUUCACAUAGCAGCAGGAGCUGUCGUACAACACUGCCACCUACAGGGUCCAGUUCAGGUGCCUUCUGGCUGCCUGCUGUCAGGUCUGGAUCUGCUAUCAUCACCCUGCAUCCAGCGUCUACCUCUGUCUAGUGACAUCAUCAUUCAGGGACACAGAGUGAUGCUUGGAGAGUUAAAGUUAAUCGUGUACACAGUUUUUGGUGCUCAUGACAGUUUAGAGGCUGACAGUGAUGAUGUCACUGCUUCAUUCCUCAAUCACAAAUGGAGUGAGUUUUACAGUCGAACUGGAAUACAGCCUCUGGAUCUUUGGGGACCUGAAAAGACAAAGUCCUGUUGUCUGCUGGACGCCAGAUUGUUCCCAGUGUUCAUGCCCCAUUCAGGACCAAUCAGACUGGAGGGUCUCAGUUGGCUGUUGGGAGGUCCUGGGCAGCUAAAAACCUGGAGAGAAGCAUGGAGACUCUCGCUCAGAGAUAUCCUGAUCCUCACAGACCAGCAGGUGGAGUUGAGCUGGAGAGAAGAGCUGUUCUUCAGUGUGGGUCGAAGGAGAGCCGUGGACACUUUAAAGGGUCACACUGAUCUCAGUUUACUGCCGUUCUUCAGAGCAGCAGCUCUGGCUGGACAACACGAGGAGCUACUGCACACACUGGACUCAGUGGCUGCAGGCAGCAGUGGUGAUCUGGGCAUAGCUGCACGUUGUCUCGCCUGCAUCGCAGACGUUCUCGGGUGUCUGGCAGGAGAGGGUAAAGGGGGUUUGCGCAGCGGCCCGGCUGCGAACCCUUUAUGGUCAACUGCCUUUAAGCUCCUAGAAGAUGCAAACUUACCUGCAGGUGUUCAGGAAUUGGCUGAGCAAAGAAAGCUUUGGCUCAGCAGGCCAGAUUUUUUGGUACGAGCUGCAAGGCAUUAUGAGGGGGCGGGGCAGAUACUUCUGCGGAAGGCGGUGAUGUCAGCACGCAAGUUUGUGUUCAUUGGCCAAGGUGUGAUGCCACCCAUGGGUGAAUGGCAGGAAGUGGAGUGUCCUGCUCGACUGGAUCUGUCAGGUGGUUGGAGUGACACUCCUCCUAUUGCGUUUGAACAUGGUGGAGUGGUGGUUAAUGUGGCUGUAAAGGUGGAUGGCAAACGGCCGAUUGGUGCCAAAGUUCGACGAAUUCCUGAACCUCAUCUGCUGUUGGUCAGCACCAGCGGAGAACCCGACUGCAGUAUUUCAACAGAAACAAUCUGUGAGGAUCUUACAGACCUGGAGGAUUAUUGCCAACCACAUGCACCAGGUGCUCUCCUGAAAGCCGUUUGUGUAUGCAGUGAUCUGGUGUGUUUAUCGUCUCCUCUUUCACUGAAAGAUCAGCUGUUGAAGCGCUGGGGUGGAGGACUGGAGCUGCGCUGCUGGUCUGCACUACCACAUGGUUCUGGUCUCGGCACCAGCAGUAUCCUGGCAGGCGCAGCUCUUGCUGCAGUGUACAGAAGUACAGGACGAAGCUACGACACAACGUCUCUCAUUCAUGAUGUUCUUUACCUGGAGCAGAUACUCACCACUGGUGGUGGAUGGCAGGAUCAGGUUGGUGGUUUGUUUGGAGGAGUGAAGGUCGCUCGAUCAGCAGCUCAGUUACCUCUGAGAGUUGAAGUUGAACAGCUGUCUCUCUCUCAAGACUUCACGUCUGUCCUACAGCAACAUCUCCUGCUGGUUUACACUGGAAAGACGCGUUUAGCACGAAACCUGCUGCAGGAUGUGGUGCGCAGCUGGUACGCACGAUUACCCUCCAUCGUCCAGAACACAGAGCAGCUGGUGAUCAAUGCAGAAGAGUGUGCUGAAGCCUGCAGACAGGGGUCUCUCUCCAGACUGGGUUUAUGUAUGGACAGAUACUGGAAGCAGAAGAAGCUGAUGGCUCCAGGCUGUGAGCCGGCAGCUGUGAGGAUGAUGAUGAAUAAACUUCAACCUCUGAUCUUAGGACAGAGUCUUGCAGGAGCAGGAGGAGGAGGAUUUCUCUUCUUACUCACGCGUGACCCUCAACAGAAGGAAAGAGUGAGAGACGUUCUCAGUAAAAUACAGGGCAUUGGUUCAUUCAGUGUUCAUUCAGUGGAGUUAGAUAUGGAUGGGAUCUCCUUCAUUCAGAAGAGCUCUGAACAUCCUGACUGACAUUUACAACUCAAAUCUGAUUCACGCACGCACGCACGCACGCACACGCACACACGCACACACACUUAUCUGUGCCUAUGUAAAUAUUAAAUGUUCUUAUUUCAUAUGGAUUGUUUAUAUCAAUUUUAACAUUUAUUAACAAAAAUAUAAAUAAACAAAAUUUUAACAUUGCACAAUACCAUUUUAAAAAUGUUAAGAAAUGUGAAAGAAAAGGCCAUAAGAUGUUUUUGCAUGUUGUUUUCACAUAGUGUUUUUGUUUUAGUUAACUCGCUCACACAAAUAGAUGUGUUCGACUUCAUCAAGAACCGACAGGCAACAUCAAAGUAGGACCGCGAGAGCGAGUUAAAAGCAGACAUUAAUGCAUGAUUUCUUAAAGGUGCUCUAAGCGAAUCUGUGUGACGUUACUUUUUGUUGAUGUUUUAACUGUUUUCAAACAAACUGAGCGUAGUUAACUCCUCCCCCUCCCUUCCGUGCUUUCAUGAACGCGCCUAACCCCCACCCCCAAAUCCUUCUUGUCGUUUAUUGGCUAGAACACUUUGUUAUCGUUGAAAAAUUUUACAACUUUUUAGACAACAACUAUAUCAACUAUAAUGCUGCAGUAUAUCUGUAGCCUAUCUUUUUAAGUCUGCUGGUGUGUCCUGGAAUAUCAGGUAAACUGGGCCAUCAGGUAAAAUGGGCCACUUUAGGUUUGAGUGUCUUAUUUCUUACAAAGUUACCAACCAAUGACUGGAAAGAAUUUUGUACUUGACUUAUAGCUAAUUAUUUUAUUGGUCUGAGGCUGAGCUGAGGUUGCUGGGGGGGGGCUGAUAUAUCCAAUCUUACUUCUCAAUAAUAAGGUUGGUAAAUCAAUGAAAAACAAAUGCUUAUUAAGAAGAAAAUAGUCUUAAUCCAUGUCUUGAUGGCCUCUGUGGGAUGCUGAUUUAGCUCAAUUAUUGAAAUUAUUAUUUAUAUAAAAAAAAACAUUUUUAGGAACUGCCCCAAUUUACCUGAAUGUGUUAAGGUAAAAUCCAUUAAUUUAAUUUAAAUUGGGCCACCCAGUUGAGUUUAUUUGUGUUAUUAAAUUUCUUUAUAUUAUUAAUUUAUUAAUAUUGUUGCAUUUAUGACAAAAACUUUCUACAUUUUACCUUCUAAAUGUGUUUGUAUGUGAUGUGUGUUUAUAGGUGUGGACAUAAUGAACGACAAUCAAAUUGAUGUUUUAAUGUCAUUUCAAUGCAAUGU